AUGCGCGCAGUAGUGCAUUGUGGGGCGGGUGUUUAAUUGGCUUGCGCGGAGUGGAGCGCGUUUCUUCACUUGGCGAUCGGAGCGAGAAGAUGGCGGGUGGAGAUGCAUCUAUUAAAAAACAGAAGAAGCAAAGGAAGAAAAAUGGAGAAGGAAUUGGGAGUAUCCAGCAGGAGACUGAUUUUCUAAUCGAACCACAGACAAAAACAGUGAAACUAGACACGUCUCAUUGGCCUUUGUUACUAAAGAAUUUUGACAAACUUAAUGUACGGACAACACAUUACACUCCUAUUCCAAGUGGCUGCUCACCCCUCAAAAGGGAAAUUUCUGAAUAUGUAAGGUCAGGAUUUAUUAAUCUUGAUAAACCAGCAAAUCCGUCCUCACAUGAAGUUGUGGCAUGGAUACGCAGGAUUCUGCGGGUGGAAAAGACUGGUCACAGUGGAACGUUGGAUCCCAAAGUUACAGGCUGCCUGAUUGUGUGUAUAGAACGAGCAACACGACUAGUCAAAUCCCAGCAGAGUGCUGGCAAAGAGUACGUGGGAAUUAUUCGGCUGCACAAUGCUAUUGAAAAUGAACAUCAGCUUAGCCGGGGCUUGGAGAUGUUGACUGGAGCAUUAUUUCAACGUCCACCUCUAAUUGCUGCUGUCAAGAGACAGUUAAGAGUCCGUACUAUCUACAGUAGUAAACUAAUUGAGUAUGAUCCAGAGAGACGGUUAGGAAUUUUUUGGGUGAGCUGUGAAGCAGGGACUUAUAUCAGAACACUGUGUGUACAUCUUGGCCUGUUACUGGGAGUUGGCGGUCAGAUGCAAGAACUAAGAAGAGUGCGAUCAGGUGUAAAUGGUGAAAUGGAUAACAUGGUAACAAUGCAUGAUGUGUUGGAUGCCCAAUGGCAGUAUGAUCACAACAAGGACGAGACCUAUCUGCGUCGUGUCAUCUAUCCCCUUGAAAAGCUGUUGGCAACUCACAAAAGGCUUGUUAUGAAGGACAGUGCGGUAAAUGCUAUUUGUUACGGUGCCAAGAUCAUGCUUCCAGGUCUUCUGCGUUAUGAAGAUGGAAUCGAGGUGAACCAGGAGAUAGUUGUUGUGACAACAAAGGGAGAAGCCAUUUGUAUCGCAAUUGCAUUAAUGACGACGGCAGUAAUAUCAACGUGUGACCAUGGUGUUGUAGCAAAGAUUAAACGAGUGAUCAUGGAAAGGGAUACGUACCCACGUAAGUGGGGCCUGGGACCAAAGGCAAGCCAGAAGAAAAUGAUGAUUAAGCAAGGUUUAUUAGAUAAACAUGGCAAACCAAAUGAAAGUACUCCAGAGUCAUGGAGGAAGGACUACGUAGAUUAUACUCAGAGAAGUUCAGCGCCUAAUGAUGCAAUCCAACCAGUGAAGAGAAAGAGAGAGAGUGAAAGUGAAAGUGAUGAACCUGCAGUCUCCUCCACCCCAAUAACACCAAAAUUGGUACCAGAGCUGAGCCAGAAAGACAAAAAGAAGAAGAAAAAAGAGAAAAAGCAAAAGUUAUUACAAGAAACAGAGGUUAAACCUGAAAGCGAUGAGCCAGAACCUACAGCGUUGACACCGAAGAAAGAGAAGAAAAAAAAGAAAAAAAAGUUAGAGAUGGGAGAAUCUGGGACUGGGAAUACUGAAAGUUCAAAAAAGAGAAAGGAAAAGGCUGAAUCAGGCGACUGAUGGAGUGGCUCAAAACGUUUGUGUUCGACAGCCAGAGGGAGGAAUGUUCAACCGUGAUAUAAUUUGAUGCAAAAGCACCACUUUCAUUUCUAACCGUUGAUCGGAGACAUUGAAGUUGAUUUUGUGUUGGAAUCACACUUGUGCAAUCUGUAUUACCAGGUUUUUGCUCCCACACUAUCCUGUGAUGAAGAUCGUAUUCAAGGAGUAUUCAUAAAUGGUUUAUCAUGUUCAUAGUUAGCCUCCAGGAAUGGCGCAUUGCACUGAUUUUUGAUUUUUAAAAGUUUUCAUAGCAGAAAACCAGUUGUUUUGCCGGUUGUCAGCAAUUAAUAUAAAGCUGGCAUUGCCUCAUUGUUAGAAAUAUUGUAUAUGAUGUUGAUCCCUUUCUGCAAGGGACGCAUACAAUAUCGGUAGUAAUGGAAAUAGAGAUUGUGUGAAGCAACUCAGCGUUGGAUAAAGUACCUGCCUCAUGUCUGAUGUCACUUAGACUAGGGCUGUAGUUGCCCUUGUGACCUCAUUCAGUUACAAAACUUGUAGUUGGGUGGAAACCUGUUUGCAAAAUAUACCAGAGAUAACAAGGUGUAGAGCUGGAUGAACACAGCAGGCCAAGCAGCAUCAGAGGAGCUGGAAGGCUGACAUUUCGGGCCUAGACCCUUCUUCAGAAAUAGUAGUCCCUUCCAAGCAGUUACAUUGCUAAAUAAAAUGAAGAAGGGUCUUCUGAAGAAGUGUCUAGGCCCAAAAUAUCAGCCUUACUGCUGCUCCGAUACUGCUUGGCCUGCAGUGUUCGUCCAGCUCUACACCUUGUUAUCUUAGAUUCUCCAGCAUCUGCAGUUCCUACUAUCUGCAAAAUAUAUCAAAUGGGUUGACAUGACAGUUGCCAUGCUCUGAAUUGGCCCGUGUUGCUUUCCUAACUCUUGUCAUUUGUUUUUAAUGAUACCUACAUUCUUCAACAAGAACUGAAACAGUCUGCUGCUCCUCCCAAAGUUGAGUUUGAUAUUUAAUCAGGAGCUUGAACAUUUAAGACUUUUGUUUCCAUCCAUGAUACAAAGUUUCUCUGUAAUGGGCUAAAUUUGGAGGUUGUUUCAAUAUGAAUAUUCUAAAUAUUUUUAUAUGAGUGAUCAAAGUCACAUUUAUGAUUAUGUACAUUGUAAUAAAAGUAAAUGGCAUUUUUUAAGCCCAUUAAACUUUUGCCUUACCAGAUGUGCUGUGGUUUGAGUAUGACUAGUUUGAACCAAGUGCACAUGACUGUACAGAUCUGUCCCAGUUGUUGAUAUAGAUUUUUUUUGUUAUUUUUAAACAAAAAUAAAUGGCUUCUUUAUACUUGCUGUUCUUGUAUGGAUAAAAGAUUAAGCUUCAUUCUUAUGGAAGAAUAUGGAUAUAUAGAAUAUCAGCAAAAUCAUUAACCGGUGUGGUGCUGCAUAUUGGUUACCUUCAGACAGAUUUGAGGUUGUUUUAUUAAAUAGUAUAUGCCGUGUCUUCCUAAAAUGGCUGAUCGGUGGCAAAUUUUGCAUGAAUAGCCAUGAGUUGAUUCCAGAAUUCCUCCAUUUUUGACCACCAUCCUUAACAGAUUCACUAAUUUGUUUUCAUAUUUUAUAGUUAUAUGUGGAAUGAUCUCUUCCAUCUUUAAUGUGUUCUGUCUCCUAUUCCACUGCAAGCCUUAGUUAUGUCACAAGUUUUGCUUUUUAUUCAAAUGUGGGCAUUGCUUUCUCGCCAGCACUUACUGCCUAUCACUCACUGCCUUUAAAGGUGGUGAUGAGCUGCCUUCUUGAACGACUACAGUCUGUGUGCUACAGGCAGACUCACAAUGCCCUUAGGGAGGCAACUUUGAGUUUGUCCCAGCAACAAUGAAGAAAUAGCUGAUGCUGAUACCUACAUCACAUGAGUGAAUAAAAAAAAAAGUCAUGGUGUGUGUCUUAGAGGAGAGCUUGCAGGUGAUUGUCCUUCUACAUAUCUGGUGCCCUUACCCUGAGUCUAGAAGGACCAGGCAGAAUUCUGUUGUGCAUCUUGUAGGUAGAUAGUUCAUACUGCUGCUAAGUGUCAUUGUUGGAGGGAUUGUGAAUGUAGUCCCAACUAAGUGGGCUGAAUUUUCCUGGGUUGUGUCAAGCAUCUUGAGUGUGGCUGGCUUGUAGAUUGUGGAGAGGCUUUGGGGAGUCAGGAGAUGAGUUACUAGCCACUGUGUUCUUGGUCUGAUCUGCUACUGUGGCCGCUGUAUUUAUGGCAAAUCCAGUUGAGUUUCUGGUUAGUGGUAACCCCCAGGAUGUUGAUAGUGGGAAUGUCAAUGAGCUGUACUAAGUGUUUCCAAUUGGAGACUGUGUCCUUUUUGUGGCACUUGUCUGACGUAGAUGUUACUUGUCAAUUUAAGCCCGGAUAUUGAAUCAGAUGUUGCAAUUGAUCAUGAACUGCUUCAUGUUGUGCAAUCAUCAGUGAACAUCCCCUUUUCAUAGGAUCCCCACUAUGUGGAAACAGGCCCUUUGGCCCAACAAGUCCACACCAACCCUCAGCAUCCCACCCAGGACCUAUCCCCCGGUAACCCACCUAAUCUACACAUCCCUGAACAUUUAUGGGCAAUUUAGCAUAGCCUAGCCUGCGCAUCUUUGGACUGUAGGAAGAAACUGGAGUACCCAGAGAAAACUCUCUCAAACAGGGGGGGGUAUGUGUAAACUCACCACAGUCGCCCAAGGGUGGAAUCGAACCCAGGUCCCUAGUGCUGUGAGGCAGCAGUGCUAACCACUGAGCUACCGUGCCACCCCUAUCUGACUUUGAGGGAGGGUUACUAGUGAAGCAUCUGCAGAUGGUUGGUUGGUCCUAGUUGUCAAUUAUAGGAGGCUUUCCUCUUUACACUUGCACCAUCCUUGUGACCCCGAUGUAAACAAGUCUUAAUUCCAAUGACUAGACGCUAUUCUUCAUGUUGUCAUUUUAGCUCACUGCAAUUCAAUAUAAGCCAGCUUGCAGGGUUGAUGUAUCCACAGAAUUUGGUCUUCACAGCUGUUGUGAGGUGGAGCUAGUUUCAGUCCCGAGAGUAGGAAGCAAUCCUGCAAGUACUGUAUGUGAAUAUUCCAGAAACUUGUGCCCCAUUCAACAAAAUGUAUAACUUACUCCUGCAAUUCACCAAGUAGGUAAAUGCUUUUAUUCAAAUAAUAUUUCCAUUUGAAUGAGACGACUACACGGCAAUGCAUGUUUCACUUUUGCAGUGGUUAAAUAUUUAGCACCUAAAAUUUUGCAUCUUAAUUUGGAGCAUUUAAUACUCCAUCCUCUGAGACAUUAACCUUGGUUUUGUUGGUUUGCUGGAAGGAGAAGCCAAAUGCUAGACAAAACCAUGAAGGAAGGUCACGGGAAUUUCUCAUCAUUCGACUCAGCUGCAGUUCAAAUAUGGUUUGAUGAAAUACCAUUUCUCAUGAAGGUAUUCAUUCACCUGCUUUCCCAUUGCUACUGCAAUUGCGAAGCUGCCGUGUAGGCAACUUAAUUCAAGGAAUUACAUGACAUUUGCGAGAAAUGAGAUUUUGCUCAUGUAGAUAUUAUACCAGGUACAAUAAUCUGGAAUUAAUUUUCAGGUGACCGAAGCAGUGUUGUAAAGUUUGCACUACUGUAUAAUGGAUGUUCACUUCAUGUGUAGCUGGAUGGAAUUUACGAUUCCUGUUACUACAUUCCAUAAUCUUUCAUGCAGAACUAUUAGUUCCUAUUAUUGUGAUCUGAACAAUUGUGUUGCUUGGUUGGAGAUUGUAGAUUUCCAUGAGUUUUUAAUUCUUCAUUCGUGCGUAUUAGUCUAGAUAUGGUAUUUUGUUUUGUUCAUUAAAAUGGUUUUACAAGCUUACUGCAUACAGUGAUCGUUUCAGCAAAGCCUUUUUGCAGUGGGGUAGUGGUUGAAAAUGCAUUAAAGUACCAGGCCAUUUAGUUUACAGGGAUAAGUACAGGUAGCUCAUGUGCUUUUAGAAGAGUAAGAAUGAAAGGUUAAGGAAAAUUAAAACAAGGUACAAUGGAUGCUGGAAAUCUGAGUAUUUCCAGCAUUUUUGUAUUUUUAUUUCAAAAAUUUUGAAGAACUUUGUAAAUAUCCCAUUAGUAAACAGUCCUUGUUUCUUUGUAAUAUAAAACAAGUGAUGCCAUGGAGAAUGACUUGCAGAUGAAAUGUACUUUCAAAAGCUAAUGUGCGUGUGUUUGGUCUAAAAUGGCAGGAUUCAAACUGCUUUCUGAUCUCAGAUUAAAUAAUUUCUUAAAGUA